GUCCUGUUUUGCUGCGUUCCUACUGUCUCUAUGUCCUCCUGCUUGCCAUCAAUGGAGUGACGGAGUGUUUCACAUUUGCUGCCAUGAGCAAAGAGGAGGUUGACAGGUACAAUUUCACAAUGCUGGCCCUAUCGUCUUCAUUCCUGGUGUUAUCCUAUCUCCUGACCCAGUGGUGUGGCAGUGUGGGCUUCAUCUUGGCCAACUGCUUUAACAUGGGCAUUCGGAUCACACAGAGCCUUUGCUUCAUCCACCGCUACUACAGAAAGAGCCCUCACAGACCCCUGGCAGGCCUGUACCUAUCACCCGCCCUCCUUGGGGCAUUUGUCCUCAGUGGCGGGAUUACUGGUGUUUCCGAGGUGUUCCUCUGCUGUGAGCAGGGCUGGCUGGCCAGGCUGGCACACGUGGCUGUGGGGGCCUUCUGUUUGGGAAUGACUUUUGGGACAGCAUUCCUCACAGAGACCAAGCUGAUCCACUUUGUUAGGACUCAGUUACGUGUGUCCAGACUGGCUGACAAAACCUCAUGACCUCAGAUGCAUUGACACCUGUGGCACCUGGACCAGCUGUGGGGCGGUUUUGUGGGUAGAACACAUUAACUGUGCACAAGAGCCCUGCUGAGGGGUCUGUGGUAGAAGAGGACCGACCCUGGCAGGCGAGACGUCAGAGAGAAUCGCCGCCCCAAACAUCAUCCAUUUGAAGCCUCAAACAGGAAGAAGGAGUUCCACUUUUAAGGGAAGACCAAAAGCUCUUUUAAAAUAGACACAUUAUUUGUGUCACCAUUUUGUUCUAAUCAACAGUUUUAUUUUUUGGUUAACAUAUCCCCGUUGGGUGUGAGGGACCUAAGGAGCUGCGUAAGCCAACAAACUAUAUCUUGGAUGUGAUAGUUAACAGUAAUCUGGCCCAGAAAGAGAGAUGUAGCCAUUUUAUACUUCACAGGAAUGUGUCACUUACUCUGUAAAAGCAGGAAGGAGGCCUGCUGUUGUGCACCCAGCUAAACCAGAGGUGGCCCUGGAGCGGUGGCUGUCCCAAAGCAAACACUGUGGUCUGGGUUUUUAGAGAGGGAAUGAUGUUCCUCACUGAAAAAUCUGGGAAAUGAAAACACAAAGUCUCUCGGGUCACAUUCCCCAGAGUCAACUAGGGAGUGUCGUGCCUCUUGCCCUUUUUGCCGUGUGCCUUCCCAGAGCCGGAGCAGGCUGGCCAUCGGAGAAAAGGCUCUGAAGGAAGCGGUGAUCCUGUGUGAGCUACAUUGGCCCCCCAAAGGAAACACUGCUCAUGGGAGAUUGCACAGGUGGCUGCUGAUGGUGAAGUGAUGUAUAUUUUCCCCUCAGAAUAAAAUGAGGUACAUGCUAUAUGGCACACCCUUCCCACCGCUUCUAGCACUGGUCAGCAAACCUGAAUGCCAGCUUCAGGACAAGCAUGGCCAGCCCGGGGGUCUGGUGCUCCAGACAACAGUGUGAGCCCAGGCCUAGGCUCAUCUCCUUGCAUCCCAUACCCUGCACCCAGCAGGCAGCAUCACUGGGCAUUAUUUUGAGGUGACAAACCAUUUUUCUUCUUUCAAUAAUAUAUUAAUUCCUUUUGGGUGUGAUUGACCUUCGGAGCUACACACAGAAACUGUAUUUCAGAUAAUAAUAGUAAUCAUCUGGCCCUGAUGUCCCAGACUUUCUGUUUAUACCCAGAGAACAGGGCAUCUUGCAUCAGAUGGUGGUUUGGCUAAAGUGCACACAUUUAAAUCCACUGGCUGGGAGCCAGAGCAGAAGGACCAAGGAUCAAAACCCACCACUGCACUGAGACUAGCACCCAGUCACUUGGACUUUUUAUCUAUUCAAAGGGGGAAUGCUUUGCACUAACUGGGAAAGCAGUUAAACGUAAGAUAUCACUGACUAAUCAGAGACCUCCCAAAAGCAUGGUCAUGGUUAUGCACUUAGGAGGCACGGUCAGGCUAGCUCAGAAGAAUUGAUUGUUCCAUGGGGUGGCAGUGGGGCUACCUCCUUCCCUCGAGUGUACUUUUGUCUCUUGAGUGCACAGAAAUGGACCUUUGGUCUGCAGCAUGUCCUUCUCUGCUGCCCUUGACCACCACUCCCUCCCCUCGAGCCCCGUUACCCACCCCAUGCCCACUUGACCCAGACUCCAAGCAUGGCCCUUAAAAUACCUGCCUCAGAAUUACCUGGUUGCAAGUUAGAAACGUAGGUUCCCAGGACCCACUCCAGACCUCUAGAACCAUUGUCUCUAGGGACGGGGCUAUGGGAUCAGCUUUUUUGGCAAACCAAAGCUGGCACACCUUGUCCACCAGCAUCAGGGCUGGAGAACAGUUGUACAUGUGUUCGCAAUGUCCGUUCUCUGCUCCAGGAAGAGUUGCUGAUGCCUGAACAUUACUGGCUCCCCAGCUUGUGAGAGGAAGCCCACCCAAGUUUCUGCUGUGCUCUCCAGUGUGGAAGGAGGCUGUGUCUUACAGCCAGUGCUCGAUUUCUCUCGUCCCGUGCAGUCCUGCUGGCACUUCUGUCGUCAGCACAGGGCUGCUGCAGGCAGGACCAGCUCCUCUUGCAAUAUGGUCAGCUAGGCCGGCAGCCCAGUACUCUCCCAUGUCCUACUUCCCUGUUUAUAGGAAAAGUAGUCCCAUGGCCGAAUGUUUUCAGGAAGUGGGUGUUUUCUUACUGCUAGCACCUGCCUCCUGGGCUGUCAGCAUGGUGGCAGCAGGCCCUUUGCACUUCACUGACCUCUGCCUCCACCCUCUGGCGGCCUCCUGGAAGAACAUUGGACCUGGCUGCUGCCUCUGAGGCUUUCCGUUGCUGGCUCCCUAAAGCCACACCAGUGCCUCAGGGUGCUUGCAUACACGUGUGCUGAGCUACCUCGAUUUACCCAGGAAGGGUUUCUGGGGAGGAUUCACAUGUUUGGCUUUAAGUACCACUUAAAAUAUAGUGAGGCUACUUCUCCAUGGAAACAAGUCUCUAAAGCACAUCCUUUUAUGAAAUGAAGCGUUUGCUGGUGAGAAUAGCAGCAUUCCUUCCUUCUGUGCUGCUCUGGCUACAUGUAUGUGUUGGUGACUUCAGGUUUGGCCUGUCAGGUCCCUUGGUGAGGGGACCCCGCUGCCACACUACUUACUGCCCGCUCGUGGCUCUGGGGGUGCUGUGUGGGCUGUCCCACUCCCAGCCACUUGCCAGCCUGAUUCCAGCAGGACACACCCUCCUGCCUGUCUCCUUUCAUUGUGAAUAUGUGUUGCUGGUUUCAUGGCAGUCUCCUGAUUUUAAAAACAAAUCAGUGCUUUUCUUCAGCUCUUUUCCUUCCAAAGAAGAAAAAAAAUUCAAAAGGAAGGUGGACCAAUAGCUUGAGUACGUGAACCAUCUUUAUUCCUCAUGGGAACUUUUUUCCCCACACGGGUGCUGUGCCUGGGCUGUGGGUCCUGGCUCUGAAGAGGGGCCGUUGCCUGGCCUCUUGGGGAGCCUUCUGUGUCUGGGGCAGAAAGACUUGGCAGCACGCUUCUGCUUUUCCCUUCCCACCCCAAGCACUAUUUCCCUUUGCUUACUGUGCAUUUUUCUCUCCUGUUUUCUCUGCCUGGUCUGGUUCUCAUCUUGGUCAUUUUUUUUUUUUUUAAUUAACCAGCCAUUCUUUGAUGGGUGAGGGCUCCUAUAUUGGACUGGUAGGGCAAGUGUGUUAAUUUAGACUGUGAUUUUGGGGGAGUCCAGGGUGCCCUCUGCCCUUUAUCAGGUGCCAUACCAUGUAUUUGCUCUGGACAUUGGACUUGUGAGCCAAUCAGCUACCGUUUUGUUCUACCCUGCUUGCUGUCCCUGGGUGAGGGAGCCUUUACUGUCAGUAUUUCAUUUGCUAAUUAACUUUCAAAGGUUAAAAAAAAAAAAAAAAAA